AUGUCGAGAUAUUUUCUGGGGUCUGUGCCCCAAGAUGAUCCGUCACCGGCUGCUGAAGAGGACGAAGACCCGUCCUCCGACUGGUCGGCAGCCACACCCAUAAGGCCAAGGGAAAACAUCCCCAGUUCGGAACAGUACGAGUCCAGUGAUGGCCACAUUUCUUGCAUUCUCUCCCCGCUAGACAGGAACAUUGUGAUCCCUGACCAGAGCGACGAGCCUCCGAUUCCAGUGGUCCUUGAUCCAACCGAAAUCCUUCUGAGACGCUACCGACCCGAAUCAUUCAACAACUCUGCCGCCAGCUCAGCGGCAAAUUCCACAACGGUAAAGGCUUCUUCGGCUGGUUCAGAUGCCAACGCCACAAGCAACUUCACCAACAACCUGGAUCUCAACACGACAGUCAUUGCAGACGAUCCGUUCGUGGAGGCGGUGUGCUCUACGCCCAAGGGAAGGGACAUUAGCGGACGCUUUGAAGAGACUACACCAACAAGAGGUCCACCCGCUCCAAAGCCAGAAGAGUCUUACAAGUUGUCAUCUUCACCGCCAAAGGCCACAGCUGAGAAGCCUUCCAUAACCACCAGCAUCGAGGGUUUGAGUAGUCAGCUUGAUAUCCUUGAUGACUUGGAUGACGACGAUAUUGAUUUUGCAUUGACCCAACAUACCCAGAAAAAGAAGGAAGUCAAGUUAACACAACCUACCAUUAAAAAGGAAACUGAUAUCCACGUUUUGAAGGACAUUGAGGACCUAAAAAAAACGCGUGGGUCUCCCAUUAAGCUUUCAAAAGCAUCAAUGGGGUCUAAUAUUAGGCCCCUGACUGAAGUCAAGAAGGUUGAUGUCAAGUCAUUCAUUGACGACCUGGAGGACGAAGACUUUGAUAGUGAUUUGGAACUCGAAUUCACACAGGUUCGGGCCAAGAAGAAGCCGCGCCUUCAGACAUCGAGAUAUAAGCUCGUCACUGACCAUGUUAUGUCUCAACGAACUCACAAGGAAAACGCCUUACCCGUGGAGAUUGACUACAAACGAGACGAUGUUCUGCGGUUCAGAAUCGUCGAAGUGGAGGAAAGUUCGACUCAGAUCGCUCUAGUUGUGGAGGACAGCAAGGCCCAGCAACACCGUGUUGCUUUGCGAGGUUGCUGGAUGCGAGCAAUACCUUGUGUGGGAGACAUUUGUCAUUUGAUCGAUGAGUCAUCAAAUGACGACAUGGAUCUCGAUUUCGAGAUGGAUUUCGACUACAUUGUGGACGACAUGAAGGGCGAUAUGCUUUUUAUUCUGAAUCCUGACACUCUGGUGACCUGUACAGCCGUUGCUGAGGCCCACCAGUGCACUCGAAACGUGGUUCUGAAAGACAAAAUGCAGGGACCGAGAGGAAUCGGGUCUAUUUUUGCACUCUUGGGUGUCAUUAUCCACGAGACCAUCCAGAUGUGCUUUGGAGCUGUGAGAUACGACGCCGAGUUUGUGGAGUCAUGUGCUGAGACCGUUACCAAAGCAAACAUGGAUGGCAUCAUGCUCUCUGGUGAGAGUUUUGACUCUGUGUUUGCCAAAAUCAAGGACCGACUACCGAACAUUGUGGAGUGGUUUAGAGAGUAUAUGCGUCAGACUCCCUCUGCAGUGGCGAUUGAGAAUCGAACAGGUAAGAAGAGAACUCUUGCUAUCACCAAAGUUGUCGAUGUUGAAGAAGAGAUCUGGUCUCCGCGAUACGGAAUCAAGGGUAAGAUCGAUGCCACCAUUGAAGUCCGGGAGGGAAACCACCGAUACUUGGUUCCUCUGGAAGUCAAGACGGGAAAAUCUACAACUCAUAUUCCUCACCGGUCGCAAACGGCGCUGUACACUCUCAUGUUGCAUGAUCGGUACACUUGUCCCAUCAACUUUGGAGUUUUGUAUUACUCUGCCACCUCUGAGACCCUUGUCAUUCCAGCUGUCAAGGACGAAAUUCAUAACCUGCUUGCUAUUCGAAACGAGGUUGCUAGCUUCAUGCGACAAGGGUCUCGAGACAUGCCUGACGUUAUCUACGAUCAAGGCCAGUGUGACCGGUGUUUCCAGAAGUCGGAAUGUAUGGUCUAUUACCGACUCUACGAUACGUAUUUGAAGGAGUAUAUGGGUGAAGAUGGUGGAGCGACCGCCAACAAGGCCAGAUUCUUGCAGGAGACCGAACAUGUGACUGAGAAGGACUCUCAAUUCUUUAACCACUGGGAUGCCUUGCUGGCCAAGGAAGGAAGUGAUACUGCAGUGCUCAAACGAGAGGUGUGGACCAUGCUGUCCAAGGAUAGAGAAAGGGAAGGGAGAUGUUUCUCAAGCCUUAUUAUUGACAACGUGGAGAAGAAUGCCAAUUCAUUGUGGUACACGUUCAAGUCUCCUGAUGGAAGCGAGAUCCCCUAUGCAUCUGUCAACAUUUCGCCGGGUGACCGAGUAGUCAUUUCUGAUGAGGCUGGUCAUUACUGUUUGGCUAUGGGUACUCUGCUUGGCUCGUCUUCAGAGACUGUGCGAUGUGCUCUUGAUCGUCGACUUGAGUUCUCUCUGCAGAAACUCCAGGGUUUCAGAUCCAACGACAACCAGGUUUUCCAGAGCAUGCUGACCCACAGUUCUCAGAGCCAUGAAGCCCCCAUAGAUUUUAGGUUUCGGGUUGAUCGUGACGACUUCGCUUUUGGCCUGGGAGUUGCCCGUAACAACCUGUUUUCUCUGUUUGCCAAGCAUCUCGGUACCGAUGAGAGCCCCCAGAAGAUCGAGCAACUGCGUUCAUGGAUUGUUGAUUUGGCACCCCCUCAGCCUGUUGCUGGAGAGCCCACUGUCAAACUCGGUCGACUCAAUUCCGACCAGACUAGGGCUGUCCACCACAUCCUGAACUCAAAGGAUUACAGUCUUCUACUAGGAAUGCCUGGAACCGGUAAGACCACCACCAUUGCUGAGAUUAUCAUGGAGCUGGUCAAGAACGGAAAGACUGUUCUCCUGAGUAGUUUCACUCAUUCUGCUGUCGACAACAUUUUGUUGAAGCUGAUGCAGCACCCUUCAUGUAACUUCGACAUGCUGAGAUUGGGAAGCACCUCCAAAAUUCACCCUGAGGUUGCGGAGCAUUACGCAGCCAACAACCGACGGAACUACGAGACCCGAGAAGAGUUCGAGAAGCUUUUUCUUGCUCCUCCAGUUGUUGGUGCAACUGCCUUGGGUAUUGGAGACUGGGUUCUUCAGGAGCGUCAUUUCGAUUACUGCAUUGUUGAUGAGGCCUCCCAAAUCACCCUUCCUUUCUGCCUCGGUCCAAUCCGCUAUGCAGACAAGUUCGUUCUUGUUGGAGAUCAUUACCAGCUGACGCCCAUUGUCAAGAAUCCGGAAGCUGCUGGACUGCGAGAGUCUCUUUUCAAGAUGCUAUGUGACGCACAUCCCACCCAGGUAGUUAAUCUGGGUAUUCAGUACCGAAUGUGUGCUGAUAUCAUGUUGCUGUCCAACACUCUGAUCUAUGAUGGCAAGCUGAAGUGUGGUAGUGACGAGGUGGCCAACCAAUCUUUGGCUGUUCCUCAGCUCUCCAAACUGCGUACUUUGUACGCCGAUGGACUCCCCAAUGGCGACUAUCUAGGUCAUGUUCUGGAUCCCAAGCGGAAGGUUAUCUUCCUCAACACGGAUCUUGUUCCUGCGCAGGAAACUAUUGCCGGCGAUAGAAUCCAUAACCCCACUGAAGCUGUCAUAGUGGGCCAGAUUGUGGAGGCUCUUUGUCUGUGUGGCGUUGAAGACUCACAGAUUGGAUGCAUCUCGCAGUACAGAGCUCAGCUGAAACUUAUCAACAAGGAGCUUGCCCUGCGAAGUGGCAUCGAAGUUAUGACCGCAGACAAGUUCCAGGGCCGAGACAAGGACUGCAUUGUGGUGUCUCUCGUGCGGUCAAACAACGAGCAGCGAGUCGGUGAUCUUCUCAAGGAUUGGCGACGGCUCAAUGUGGCCUUUACGCGAUCUCGAUCCAAGCUCAUUGUCAUUGGAUCUCGAGCUACCCUUGAGUCGUUUGAUCUUCUCAAGGAGUUCUUGCGUCUGAUCGAUGACAAUGGAUGGAUGUAUUCGCUUCCAAAGGACUGUACUAAGAUGUACAGCAUUGUCAAACAGGGUACUUCCCCUAGAAAGAAGCAAAAGCGUGUUGGCCUGAGCCAGCGCUUGAUCGAUAACCGGCCUAUCAUGAAGAACAUUCUUGAGGGUCUUUAG